CCUACGGCCGAGCUGGCCGUCCCCGAGGCUCUUAAAAGACGACUCUGCGUGCCCCGCGCAAACACACGACCAUGUUGUCUUCCACCAUAACGUUGGCCUCGCUGGCCUUGUUCGCGCUCGCGGGGACGGCUGCGGGUGGUUCCAACACUUUAUUCACUGGUUUCUCAGUCGGAAAGAAAGCUGUUUCUCACAAUGCAAAUACUUUUGGGGAGCAGAAAAUCAUCGGUGGAGUUGCAACUUCAAUUAAAAAUUUCCCCUACAUGGCGGCAGUCACCAUGUAUAAGGGCAAAACCUACGUAGCCCAGUGUGGAGGCUCGAUCCUGGAUAAAUACCACAUUUUGUCAGCUGCCCACUGUUUUGACAAUAGGAACCCUAAGGCCUACUACAUCAGGGUGGGGUCCGAUUACUGGAGGUACAAGGGACAGGGAUCCGGUGUAAAGACUAUCACGGUUCACCCCAAGUACAACAAGACAAUCUUCGAUUACGAUGUGGCCGUGAUCAAGCUCAUCAAGCCCAUCACCAUCAACAACCGGGAGACGAAGGCGACGAGCAUCGUCAAGCUCAACACGGUCACCAAGGCCGACACGGUCAUCACCCUCAUCGGCUGGGGAUACACAGACGCCCUGCACUCCAAACCGAUACCCGGCACGGUCCGAUCGGUGGACAUCGCCGUCACCGAUCGCAGCGAGUGUGAGUCGGACUACAGCGACUUUGAGAAGGAAAUCACACCCAGGAUGAUCUGCGGCAUGACGACAGACGGCGAGGCUAAGGAUUCUUGCCAGGGUGACUCCGGUGGCCCCGUCAUCAACAAGGCCACCAAGCAGCAGAUCGGCAUCGUCUCGUGGGGCAUGGGCUGCGCGCAGAUGGGGUCCCCAGGUGUCUUCACCAACCUGGCCAAUCCGGAGAUCCGGUCCUUCAUCAACUCCGCCAUCAAGAAGUAGUGCGUGCCCAAUAUGAAUACACUUUUAUGAAUGAACCGUCAUCGAUCACCUUCAACCGGAUAAGAAAGAAAAAUACACGUCUGUUUUUUCCCCUAAA